GGGUUGGGUUGUGGGGAAAGAUCCUACCCUCGUCAUCCUCUUCACACCAGUACACUGGGCAGCGGGAGAGGCAGCGUGACCUCAGAGGUGUCUACUCUGAUUCAGAGGAAAGCUUGGGGAGAACCAGUGCUACGAUGGAGCUGCCCCUGGUGCUGCUGGUGCUGACUGGGAGCUGCCUGGUCAAGGGCCUAGAGCUCGUGCCCUACACGCCGCAGAUCACAGGCAACUCCCUGGAAGGGAAGCUCACAGCUUCCACCUUCAGCCUGGACCAGCCCAUCUGCAUCUUCGAUCAGUAUGUGAACGCCACUGAUGACAUCUGGCUAGUUGUUGCCUUCGCUAAUGCAACCUCCAGUUUAAAAAACCCAACAUCUCGCACUGACAUCCCACCUUACCAGCGGCUCUCGACUGCUCUCCAUUACAUGACCUUGAGGACUACCAUCACCUUCUUCCCAUGUCCUAGGAGCACCAACACAAGCGUGCUCCGAGUAGGCAGUGAUGCUUUCUGCAGGAACGACAACAGCCAGCAGCACUGCAAUGGACCCCUGCCCAACCCCGGGCCCUACAGAGUGAAGUUUCUCAUCCUGGAUUCCAAUGGCGCCAAGGCAGAGACAAGAUGGUCUGAAAGAAUCACUCUGAAGCAAGGCCACAGGUCAAGCACCAUUGACACCUGGCCAGGGAGGCGCAGCGGCACCAUGGUUGUCAUCACCGUCAUCCUUUCCAGCUUAGUCGGCAUCCUGACCAUUGCAUUCCUCUGCACAAGCGCCUAUGAGUGCUUUAAGCUCUGGCAGCGAGAGGAUCCUGUCGUGGCAGAGGAGCCGCCUGCCGGGUCCUUCAAGGGGCGGCGCUAUGAUACCCACCACAUCCCUCCAUCUCAGGCCCCACCCCAGCCCCCCAGUGAUGUGCCAGGGUCCCCAGCUGCCUCUUCUUAGCCACAGCUUCCCUUGCUCCACGGUCCCUGGCUCGCUGAUGUGCACUCAGGCUCUACAUAUGGCUUCAACUUCCCUGCUGGCCCCUGACCCCAGCGCCCCCACCCUGCACCCCACUACACAGCCCCCAUUCCUGCACCCAGCCCAGCACUGUAUUCACACGCCCUGGGCUGCCAGGCCUCAAAUGGCACCAGGAAGGGAGGGGACCCCACGCAGGCCCUCAGCUCCAGUCCCUGCCUUGCUGUUGUUGCUUCUACUGCCCUGCCUGGUCGUGGCUCUUGUAAACACACCACGCUCCCAGCCCCUGUCAAUCAAAGGUCAGGCUCUGCUAACUCCCCAUGCCGCUCCCCAGUGCUGAGCUCAGGGUUUGGUGCCCACCAGCCUCUCUCCACAAUUUGUGGCUCACAGGAUUCAUUUGAUUCCCAGACUUAUUGAUGGGGCCAGAAUAACAACAGGAGCCUGUGGAGGGGGGUUGCCGAGGUGCGGAUGCUGGCAGGCGUCCCUGGCCAGGAUCCCGUGCCAGUGAGGCAGAUGCGGUAAGCAGCUACAGCGUCGCUGACAGGGCGAGGCCACAUGGGGACAGCACAGCACAAGGAUGCGGGGAGGCAGGAGCAGGAGAGCAUGGGCAGCUGGAUCCCCUUUCUGCAGAGCCUCCUCCCUGCACUGCUGUGGGAACCAAGGCUGCCGCCUCCGGGUAAGCAGAGGAAGCAGCCCAGCCGGGUGCUCUGGAGAAGGAGCCUCCCCUUGCCCAGGGCACAUCCCUGGGUGCUGUGCUAGUCUGGCAGUCCGCCUUGUCCUGUUGAUUCUCUUUUCCAGGGGUGGUAACAUUGCAACAAGAGCAAAGACCCUAAGCAUGGAAAGGCCAGCAGCAAACCAAGCCCAGCCCAGUCCAGCCCAGCCUGAUCUUCCCUCUGCUAAAACCUCAAUGCUGUAUCCACAGUGUGGGGAACAGGCAAGGACUUGCUGCUCUCAGUGGCUUUUCUCCCCAUCCCAGCAUAGCAGAAGCUGCUCCAGGAGACAGGCAUGGGCCUGGGCCAGACACCUGGAUCCAAACAGCUCUCUUUUGGCCAGUUUGAGGGAGUCUAGACCUGGAUUCUGCCAGUGGCAUUCGUUCCUGGCUGUUUGGCCCACGAUGACUCAAUGGUGAUCCAGCCUGUGACCUCAUCAUUCCCCUCCCCGCAAUGGCUUGCUCUUUACUCUUUACUCCCAAGCCCACAGUAUAGAACAGCAGGCUGUCCAUAAUGGCUCCACCUGAGGUCAAUGUGAAACCAAGGAGAUUGGCUGGAGGCAUGGGAGGUUCCUCUGCUCCAAAAAAGGCCCUUUCCAAAGCUCUGCCUGGUUGUCUGACAUGUGACAGUUCUUCAAGGGAGCCCAGAACUGGCCCAACCAGCACAGCCAACACCAACAGGUGACUGGGGAAGAAAGCAAGCAGUAUUCCCCCUCCACAGCCUAUCCCCAUGGCUUCUAAGUCCAAGACAGUUAUCUAGGUGAGAUCUGAGCCAUCUAGCGAGGCCAAAGGCUGGGAGCAAAGCCAAAGUCUCAGUUUAAUGGCUACUGACAUUGGUUUGUCUUACCAGUGCUCUCAACUCAGUAGCCCAGUCAGGCUGUAACAGAGCUGUCCUACCAGGAGAUGAAUCAGCCCAGCAGGGGUGCAGUUUUGGGAACUCUAGGCCUCAUGUAAAGGACCAGAUACCAGUUUCCCUCCCUGGCCCCAGUAGGAAGCCAUCCUCGGGGACCAUCCAGUGAGCCAGGACUGUGAGAGGCUCAGCUUCCUGUACAUAUUGCUGGGGGAAGGGGUCAGUUUAUACAAAUGAUCUGCCCCCUGAGAAGUAAACUGUAGUAUGCAUUUUUAAA